AAUAAAUAAAAGAAAAUGUGUGACAGGCAGAUAUUAUAUCAUUUACAAGGGUACUCUUGUUGAAUUAUAUUUAUAUCAAGAGAAAAAUCCCUCAGCACACUGGGGAGGGUGAAGUAAACAAAUGGCACCAAUUAAAGGAGCAUUUAGGCUCAUGAUUGUCUCGCUGUCUCAUCUCUCCACCCCGCAUGGUUUCUCCCCACCACCACCACCACCACCACCACCACACAAGAACAAAACCAGAUCUCCUCCCUCCUCCCAGCUUCAAACUUCAUGUGACCAGGAUUACAGACGCAGCUGGAUCUACACUUAUAAAAACAGAAAGAAAAAAAAAAACUCUCACUUCUUUGGGGCCGCCAGCGGCGCCAUUUGGUGCCAAACGCGCAGCCAGCAGACAGCCCUGCUGCAGCUGCUGCUGCUGGAGACAGACACGCCGAGGCUCAUGCGCACUCACACACACUCAGAGGAAAAGAUUUGAAACAACGAGGACUGAUUUAACUAUCAGCACAUUACUUCUUCAACAACAAGGUGACCUUGAGUGGGAUUUAAAGGACAAUUCCGCCGUUUUUGCGCUUUUUUGUCUCCUCCUCCUCCUCGCGCAUCCUUCAGGAUUUAAUUUGCUCAUAAAUUCACCUUGCCCCCUUUUUUUGUGGACAGUUUCACCUGCACUCUUCAUCACGGUCUGUCUCCAGCUGAAGCUGCUCAGGGUAAAAGCCUCAUUUGUCACUUUCUUGAUUUUGAAGCAGUAGAAGAAAAAAAAAAAAAUAUAUAUAUAUAUAUAUAUAAAAAACGGGAGGCGACCAGGCUGGUUUUGGAGGUGAAAAAUUUUGGCUCAGGGUCUUGAUGGCGUCGUCUGCACCCCCCACCUCCACCUCCUCCUCCUCCCCCUCGGCUGGUGAAGCGGAUCCCAACUCGACAAAUUUACGGCCGCCGGGCUCAAGUUAUGAUGCCUGGUGUGGAGUGGCUCAUGGGUGUACCAGAAAACUGGGAAUGAAGAUAUGUGGCUUCCUGCAGAAGAACAACAGUCUGGAGGAGAGGAGCAGGAUCGUGAGCUCCUUCAAGGAGCGCGCGGCCAAAAACCUGCUGUCCUCCUGCGAUAACAGCGGAGGAGACGCGCGCUUCAGGCGCACAGAGACCGACUUCUCCAACCUGUAUGCCCGAGAUCUGUUACCUGCCAAAAAUGGAGAGGAGCCCACCAUGCAGUUCCUGCUGGAGGUCAUGGAAAUCCUCACCAGCUACAUCAAGAAGACCUUUGACAGAUCCACCAAGGUUCUGGACUUCCACCACCCCCACCAGCUGCUGGAGGGCAUGGAGGGCUUCAACCUGGAGCUCUCAGACCAGCCCGAGUCUCUGGAGCAGAUCCUGGUGGACUGCAGGGACACCCUGAAGUACGGAGUGAGGACAGGCCACCCCAGGUUCUUCAACCAGCUGUCCACUGGGUUAGACAUCGUGGGACUGGCAGGAGAGUGGCUCACGUCUACAGCCAACACCAACAUGUUUACUUAUGAGAUUGCUCCAGUGUUUGUGCUGAUGGAGCAGCUGACGCUCAAAAAGAUGAGAGAAAUUGUUGGCUGGCCAAACGGAGAGGGAGAUGGGAUAUUUUCUCCAGGCGGUGCCAUUUCCAACAUGUACAGCGUGAUGAUCGCCAGAUACAAGUUCUUCCCUGAAGUCAAGACCAAAGGCAUGGCAGCCGCGCCGAGACUCGUGCUCUUCACGUCCGAGCUCAGCCACUAUUCAAUCAAGAAAUCAAGUGCAGCCCUGGGCUUUGGAACAGAGAACCUGAUCCUUUUAAAAACAGACGAGAGAGGGAGAGUCAUUCCUGCUUAUUUGGAGGCCAAAAUAAUUGAGGCCAAGCAAAAGGGGUAUGUUCCCAUGUUUGUGAACGCCACCGCAGGUACCACCGUCUACGGAGCCUACGACCCCAUCAACGACAUCGCAGACGUCUGUGAAAAGUACAAGAUUUGGCUUCACGUGGACGCUGCGUGGGGAGGAGGUCUGCUGAUGUCCAGGAAACACAGAUACAAGUUGAAUGGAAUAGAGAGGGCUAACUCCGUCACCUGGAACCCUCACAAGAUGAUGGGAGUGCCGCUCCAGUGCUCUGCUGUUCUGAUCAGAGAGCGGGGGCUGUUACAAGGCUGCAACUCCAUGUGUGCGGGUUACCUCUUCCAGCCGGACAAACAGUAUGAUGUGACGUAUGACACGGGCGACAAGGCCAUUCAGUGUGGACGCCAUGUUGAUAUCUUUAAGUUUUGGCUCAUGUGGAAGGCAAAGGGAACAGUGGGAUUUGAGCAGCAAAUUGACAAGUGCCUGGACCUGGCAACGUACCUCUAUGAUAAAAUAAGAAACAGAGAGGGCUAUGAGAUGGUGUUUAACGGAGAGCCACAGCACACCAAUGUCUGCUUCUGGUACAUUCCACCGAGUCUGCGCCGCCUGCCUGACGGUGAGGAGAAACGUGAGAGACUGCACAAGGUGGCUCCAAAGAUCAAGGCGAUGAUGAUGGAGUCAGGGACCACCAUGGUGGGGUACCAGCCACAAGGAGACAAAGUCAAUUUCUUCCGGAUGGUCAUCUCCAACCCUGCUGCCGGCAGGUCAGACAUCGACUUCCUGAUCGCGGAGAUUGAGCGGCUGGGCCAAGACUUGUAAAAAAUAGUCUGGAUAGGGUGUUUUUCGACCUAAAGGAGCAGUUCAAACCUUUUGAAGUAAAACACUGUGGAAAGGUUUGGAUCAGUGACCUGUUGUAGAUAGCUCUUUUUACAAUCUCACUUUGGAGAAAUAGAGUUCAAGUCUGAAGAGACAGAUGAGAUAACAGCAAGAGAGACACUAAGAUCUGAGCAGAUAACUCAAAACAACUCCAGUCUCCAAGAUUGUUUGAUGGUUAAGGCGAAAAACAAUAUUAUGAACAUUUACAUUAACAAAAAUUUUACAUUACCAGGCUGUUAAAAAAAGAAAAAGCUUAUUUGCAAACACAAAUAACAACAAAGUCAGAGCACUUUCUGUGGGAAUAUCACAAUAUGGAACAGUCCUGCAAUGCAAAAUUAACAGCAACACAAAGGUUUAAAAAAAAUAGAAUUAGCAUAAAUGGUAAUACCGUAGUCCCUCAUUUAUUGUGGGGGAUCCAUAUCCUGAAGAUCCGCAAUAAGUGAAAAACUGCGAAGUAGGUAUUGAUUGAGAGUGAUAUGGAGAUUGAGAUUGAGAGUGCAGCCGGUUCUGAAAGUUUCAGAGCAAUGAAGAGUC